GGCGGCCAUGGGCGUGUGCCAGUUCUUCCUGCGGGGGUACUGCCGCUUCGGGGAACGCUGCUGGAACGAGCACCCCCGCGGCGCCGGCCGCCCCGGGGGCCCCGCACCGCCCUCACAAGUUACUAGUGGAAGAGGAGGAGGAUGGGGUUCCUCUAACCAGAGAUACAGCAGUGUUAUCCAGCCAUCUACCUUCAAGUCUGAUACAUGGGGUGGCAGCAGAGAUCAUGGAAGAGGAUUCUUUGGCUCCUCUGACUUUGGAUCAUCAGGCGGCGGCAGCAGAAAUGCAGACUUCUCACAGAACAGGUUCUCGGCAUUAGCGAACAGUCAGAGUGUUGCUGAUGGCUCUAAAGAUGAAGAGGAGAGACUUCUAGAAUGUGUAGUGAAAGACAUGGAAAUUUGGGAAUCUUCUGGACAAUGGAUAUUUUCAUCUUACUCACCAAUGAAAGAAAAGCUGAAUGUCUCAGGCUUUUCGGAUGUCUCACCAGAAGAACUGCGUCUGGAGUAUUAUGACAGCAGAGCAAAGAAUAUGAUUGGGAAUUAUAUAGAUGCUGUCCAACAGUUAGCAGCACAAUGGAAAAAUCGUCUGCUUCAGUUGAAAGCUUUAAAUUCAUCGACAAAAGCAGCUCUGCUCUCUGCUUUCAAGAACACGGGCACCCAACCAUCACCUGCCUUUGGACUGGGAGGACAGCAAACAUCAAGCUUUGGGCUCUCAAGCUUUCCUGUGAACAGCAGCAGUACCAGUGCCAGCAGUUUCUCUUUUAAAGCCAGUUCCAGCCUUAUCAAUUCCUCAUCAUCUGGAACCAGCCCUGCUGCUGGGGUCUCUUCUUCUGCUGGUAGUGCUCCUGCGUUUGGGGCGACGUCCUCUCCCAGCGCACCCCAACCUGCUGGGUUUGGCAGCCCAGCAGCUCCAUCUGCAGCCUCCUUCUCCUUUAAAACAGCUGCAACAGCUGGUGGCUUUGGGACUUCUGGGUUUUCAGGCUUUGGCAGCGCUGCUGCUGUGAACUCUUCCAGCACCACCACUCCGCUCCCAGCCUUCGGAGCCUUUAAUGCAGCCACAGCCACUUCUGCCUCACCUUCAAGUGGUGCUUUGUUUGGACAGACAGCCAGUGCCUCUGGACAUCACGUCACCUCAGCGUCUGCUGCAGUCACCAACACCACCGCCUCAGAGAAGUUAUUUACACCCAAGAGCGAAUUAUCAGCUGAAGAGUGGCAACAGUUUGAAGCAAAGGAGUUCACCAUUGGAAAGAUUCCUCUUAAGCCACCCCCAUUAGAACUUUUAAAUGCUUAUGACCUUUUAAGUUUAUUCAGAAAUAACAUGUUUUGAAUCAAAUUAAAGGCUUCCAUUUUCUUACUUUUUGUCUCCUCUCUCAAGUCUCUUCUGCAGGAAUAAACCCCCAGUUAUAAACAUUGGAACACUGUA